UCUGAGUUUGGUGUUCGGGGGACUUCGGGGGACUAAUUUGGUCUGGGCAAAAAUGGGCAGGAAGUGUUCACAUUGUGGCAACAUAGGACACAAUUCUAGGACCUGCACAAUCACUUACUCAUCACCAGCAACUGCUGGCUACGAUAGUGUUGGGCUCAGGCUCUUUGGAAUCCAGCUUGACAUCUCCCCAUCCUCAUCUUCUCUUGCCAUCAAGAAAAGCUUCAGCAUGGAUUGCUUGCCCUUCACUUCAUCACCAGCCUCGUCGUCUUCUCCGUCCUCCUCGCGAAUCUCGAUUGGCGAGAACUCCGAUAAAACGUCCCUUGGCUAUCUGUCGGAUGGCCUAUUGGGUAGAUCCCAAGAGAAGAAGAAGGGAGUUCCAUGGACAGAGGAGGAACAUAGGACCUUCUUGGUAGGGCUUGAGAAGCUUGGGAAGGGUGAUUGGAGGGGCAUCUCCAGGAGCUAUGUGACCACGAGAACCCCGGCCCAGGUUGCAAGUCAUGCUCAGAAAUAUUUCCUCCGGCAAGUGAGCUUCAACAAGAAAAAGCGGCGCUCGAGCCUCUUCGACAUGGUUGAUGUCAAAACCGUAGCGGGUAAUCGUUUAGGCAGUUUGACGGCCAAGCCGAGUGACUCAGUUCCUAAUUGCAAAAUGGGAAACUUAAUGAUGUCUCAUUUGCAAGUUCUUGAUGCCAGAACCACUCAGCUUUUAACUGCACUUGGUUCCUCGAAGGAGGAUGGCAAGCUUAAUGAUCAAGAAAGUGUGAGGAUGAUGACUGGUUCAUCAAGCUGCGGAUUGAUCAGCUCCUCACAAAAACCAUCCGAUGCUCCAAAAUCGAUCGGCGUUUCACCUAAUUCGGGUCUUGAUCUUGAGCUCAAACUGGCUGUUUCAAGGCCCUUGGAACAUAACAAGCCGUCUCUUGCAGCUCCUCUCUUUGUGGGACCUCUUGCUGUUACAUGACAAAUUGUUGGUAAGACUAGGAAAGAGAUAAUAGAUACUCUUCCUUUUGUCUUUUUAUUCCCUAAGGCUCGAGAAGAGGAGUGGACAUUACCAUUAAUGCUAGCUUCUAGUGCUUUAGCUUCAGUUCAUCUGUUUGGAAGAGAAUUUUUUGUUAUAUCCACUUCAAAAGGAAAUUUGCAGUUGUCGUUCAACUGAUCAUGAUGA